AUGGAGAAAGACAGGCCUCCACAGUUGAUGACCCCUGCAUCGGUGAAAGCCAUCAUUUCAAAGAUUGAGGCUGCCCAGUUAACACGGGCUCAGGAGGAUAUUUCUUCCCAGCUCUCAGACAUCUUGGACAACGUCAACUGUGUCAUCAACCGCUUCCAGGAAGAAUUAGGAUAUGAUUUAAAAGAAAAGGCAAAAUCUGACCAGACAGAGCAAAAGGGCAAGAACAGAUUCAUCUUGCUGGAGAAAAUUGCCUCCUUCUCCAAAGAUGCUAAGGCCAAAGAGAAGCACUUGUACGAAAUUCUCCGCUGGCUGGGUGACUGGGGUGACAAUCUGACCUAUGAGCUCAGGAACAGGAAGGGUAAGGAAGAAGAGAAAGCUCUGGAUGAAUGGAUCGAGGUGAUGGAGAAGGUGUUACCUCUCUCCCUCAUUGCCACCAAAGGAGGCAUCGAGUCUCUCAUUUCCCUUUGCUCUACUCUCAUUGAAAGACAAAAGAAAAGGACACAAAUACCCAAACACACCUUCUGGCAGGGCUGGUGGGAACAAAGCCCCCCCAGAUCUGCAUCCUACCCUCAGCCACUGAGCCCAGAGCAGAUGCUCCAGGACAAGCAUACUACGUGCACAAAGGUCUCUGAGGUGACGUCCAUGUUGCAGGAGCUCCUGGACUCCACCAUGUUCAACCAGGGGGAGGUCAGAGCCAUCAGGUACAUGUCUACUGUGGUGGAGAACCUCAACAAGGCCUUGACCCUCCAGCACAAGGAGAACAGUAACCUGGAGACCAAAUACAGGAACCUGGAAAUAGAGAUGACCAAAGAACUCAGCAGCCAGAGGCUCUACUUCCAGAAUUCCCUCAAAGUUCUCCAGAACAAGAGGGAUGCCCUACUAAAGCAGGUGGAAAUUCUAGGGGGAAAAUACCAUGACCUUCUCCUGAUAAAGCAUGCCUUAGAGUUCCAGCUGAAGAAGGCUCAGUCUGCUAGAGAUCAAGCAGAAGAACCGGCCAAGAUCUUGGUCGACUCCCUGGGCCCCCCUGAGAAAGAGACCCUCCCAAAGAAAGAAACAGUCAUGGAGGAAACCCAACAGGAAGCCAAGAAGGAGUGGUUGUUUUUGUCACUGCCCCCAGGUUCCAUGGCCACAGCCUGGGACAGUGGUACUAGGCCUUCAACGUCCCAGCCACUUUCCACCAUGACCACACAUUCAAGGAUUGCAGAUAUGUACAGCAGCAAGGACACUGAACGUCUCCAGCCUGUGUUGCUGUCCCCGGUGGAUCACAAGUUUCCUAAGAAAUGGGAAGGACCUAUGGCAGAGAGCCCAGGCCACCAAGUCAAAGACCAGAAGGACUUCCAGAAAGCAGCCCAGGAGAAGGAAGAACUCCAAAUUAAGUCCCAUAUUGGGAUGCAGCUGUCCCCAGAGAGCUCCAAGAAGGUGGCCUUGGAGAGCAAGGUGGAGCACUGGGAAGAGGAACUCAGCUGGGAGAGGCAGAGGCAGCUGUGGCUGGAAGAGGAGGCCAUGUGGCUGCAGCGGCAGAAGAAAUGGGCCCUGCUAGAGCAGGAGCAUCAGGAGAAGCUGCAGCAGUGGGAGAUGGAGGAAGCGGCAAGGGAGCAGCAGCAGAGGUUGGGCCAGCAGGAGAAGGUGCAAGGGGGCCCACGGAGAGAGCCGGAGCAGUCGGGGGAGGACAUGGACGGGAUGAUCUUCACAACCACUGGGCGGUGGAAGGACUUAGAGAAGGCAUCACUGGUGCCUCCCCCAAGCCGGGCCCAGUCUGCUCACCAAGUCAGGAGGCCACACUGGCCCAGGUCCCCUAAUACCCAGCAACUUGCCCGCAGAAACCAGAGGAACCUGAGUUCCGCCAAGUCUACCCAGAAACCAUGGGCCUCCCGGGUUCCCACAAAGCCCAAGAAAUCGGCCUCCUUCCCCGUCACAGGGACAUCCACCCAAAAGGUGUCCCGGCCUCCCUUGCAAAUCUCCCCGGUAGCUCUUAAGGGGAAAGUAUACCACAUGGACGCAGAGGCCCUGAGGAAGAACCUGCAGCUCCUGAGUGAGGAGGCUGAGCUGGGGCUGCCCCACUCCCUGCGCAGCAAGGCGCUGGAGCUCACCACCACCACCAUGGAGUUGAGCGUGCUCCGGCUGCACUGCCUGUGCCAUAGGUACAUGCUGUACAGGCGCUGCCAGAGCCUCCGACAGGAAGUGAUCAACCACAUACAAGUCAUGCGAGAAACUGGGACUACCUACAAGGCCCAGAACCUCUACAUCUUCCUGGAAAACAUCGACCACCUGCAGAACCUCUGGCUGCAGACCUGGGCAGACAAGCAGAAGGACCUGGAGGAGAAGCACCGAGUGUGUCUGAGCAGCAUGGCGACCAUGUUCCCCAAGCUCCACCUGGAGUGGAACAUUCAUCUGCACACUCCCGUGAUCACCAACCCAAAGUCGAGGAAAAACAAGCCACCCCCCUCCUUUCUCCGGCGCAUCCACUCCUGUGGUCCCUCCUGCAAGCAGUCCCCAGAGCACUUUACAUCCAAGCACUGGGAAUGUGUGCCCCUGCGCCUGGCCCGGUAUGUGCAGGGAAGCUGA